GGAUGGGGUGUGUGUGUGUGUAGGAGUGGUCAGUGGUGACACAUGCAUCAACUGAGCAGAGUUUCGUGUUAAAGCUAUGCAAACAUUUGCAGAUAGAAAGCUCAGCUGCUGCUGACUGUAUCCCUCACUUUAACCUGAGCUGAGCUGAGCAGGUGCACCAGGACCAGGAUCUCUACAGGACUUUCCAGAUGGAGCAGAGAUUCAUCCCUCGCUUCAUUUUCAUCCUCAUCACCUACAUUACAGGUGUGUCCACUGUGACUCUGGUUCCAUCUGGGAAUCCAGUGCGGGUUGGUGAGAAUGUCACGUUCAGUGUAAAUCCACUGAUAGCAAUCGUGGCUGGAACCUGGCAGUUUGAAAAUAACAUCCUGGUGUUCUGGUACCCGGGUGAUAUCAUGGUGGGUAACGGCUACGAAGGCCGAGUCUCCUUCAACCAGACCUCCCUCCAGCUCUCCUUACACUCCCUGCAAACCAACGACUCGGGAGUCUACAUCCUGCAGAGCGUCAAACCCAGCGUCCAGGCCCAGGUUUCACUGUCUGUUCAGGAACCGAUCACGAACGUGUCUCUGACGGCGAGUCAGACGGAUCUGGUGGAGUUUAACGACAGCGUCUCGUUUAACUGCACCUCCCGCGGCACGCCCAUAACCUUCUCCUGGUAUAACGGCAGCUCUCAGGUCAGCACAGGGGUCAACGUUCAGCUCAGUAACAGCGGACAAGUGCUCACCAUUAGCAGUGUGACCAGAUACGACCGCGGCCCUUUCACCUGCGUUGUGACCAAUAGCUUCAGCAACGGAACGAGCCAGGACGUCUACCUCAACAUCAGCUAUGGCCCCAGUAACCUGACAAUGACGGUCCAGCCAGAGCAGCUGGGAUACAUCUCCGGAUCCAACAUCACUCUGUCCUGCUCUGCUGACUCCAACCCCACAGCGCUGAUCCAGUGGUCCUACAACAACAUUUCUCUAAACCAAACAGGACCAACUUUACGCCUCACAAACACCUUCCAGAACCAGAGUGGAGGCUACACCUGCACCGUCCACAACACCGCCACCCUCAGAUCCUCUACAGCCUCCAAAACUAUACAGAUUAUAGACCCAGUAUCAGCUAAAGUGGUGCCUGUUGGGGAUGCGCCCGUAUUCAACUCGUCCUUCAGUCUGAGCUGUGAGGUCACAGGACCUGUGGACUCUGUUUACUGGAUGAAGGACGGCGUGAUCCUGUUCUCUAACAACAAAACCUCCUUCUCCAACCAGAACAAGACACUUUCCAUCAGCCAGCUCGCUCUCUCUGAUGACGGAAACUAUCAGUGUGUGGCCAGCAACAUCGUGAGCAACAUGACCAGCGUGACUUAUCACCUAACGGUCAACUAUGGUCCGUGGAACGUUACCAUUUCAGGUCCAGCCAUAGCACAGACUGGAGACAGAGUGAGGCUGAACUGCUCGGCUCUCUCACAGCCCCCCAGUGACUACAGCUGGUACUACAACGGGACUAAGGUGGCCGAGGGUGCUGUAUAUGAGACUGCCUCUCUGACGUUAAACCGCAGUGAAGAAUAUGUCUGCACAGCCCAUAAUAACAUCACAGGCAUCAACAGCAGCGCCACAUGGAACCUUACGGUUAUCGUGGGCAUCUCCUCAGUGGUGCUGACCCCCAGUAUGUCCAUCCCUCUGGCCUCCAAACCCCUCCAGCUCUUCUGUAACGUCACCGGCUCUUACGACAGCAUCGUUUGGUUGAAAGAUAACCGAACACUUUCCUCUUCUUCUGCAAUCAGUGUCUCAGCGGAUAACACCACCGUAACCUUCCAGCCUCUGCAGACCUCAGACGAUGGGGAAUAUCAGUGCAUCGCCACAAACGUUGUUGGAAAGCAUGCUAGCGAAAUGUACAACCUGACGGCUAACUAUGGGCCGAUGGACCUAAAGAUCACAGAGGAGAAAGGACCCCAGCUGACCUGUACUGCGACGUCUCAGCCAGCAUGCGUUUAUCACUGGAUCUUAAACAGCAACACUAAUGUAGGAGACGGUCCAACAGUAUCUAUCCCUCUGUUGACUCCAGUGGGCAGCAACUACACCUGUGUGGCCAGAAACCCCCUGACCAAUGUCACUCUCUCUGGUACCUACACUAUCUCAGAGUAUAAUGCAGCGUCUUCACUUCAGUCCAGUGUGUUGCUGAUGGCUUGUCUGGUUCUGGUUCUCACAGCGCUGACCCAGUGUCUGUAAUACUGAUCCCACUAGUCCAAGACUGGCCGUCACUGUGAGCCCUGCGAACUGACCUACGAACUGCUUAACAACAAGAAUGGUCAAAGUGAUUUUCUUUUUUUUUGCUGUGAUUUUUGGGGGUCAAACUGAGUUUUAAAAAUAUUUUAAUACAAAUUAAAUAUAUUUUAUUGUUGGGUUUAUUAACUUAAAGGGAAAUGCCAGCAAGUUUACAAAAAAUGUGCAUAAUUCAGCUGUUGAGAUGUAAAUAAAGUCUUUUAAAGGGGAGGGUUGGUGUGAAAUCAUGGUUCAUUGUGGAAAAGCAUACAAAUCAAACUUUUUGGUAGACUGCUGUUUCAUAAUGCUUUUUCACAGCUUUCAUAUUUCAUAGUUCUAUUGAACCUUUACAACCUUAUCCUUUUUAAAACUUUUUUUUAUUUACUUUUUUACUAUAUUUACUAUACUAUAUUUAUGUAUUUAUUUAUUUUAGUUAUCAUAAAGAAACCACCAUCUGUAAGGGGGGAAAUAUAAUUAGACAAUAUAUUGAUUAUAUUAAUAUUAUUUUAACCAAGGAUAAUGUCUAUUUUCUGGUCUAUUUUUAUACAUAAGGGAAAAUUGGAUUAUUAGGCACAUUAUCUGACACUAGAAAGGAACAAAGGUGUCGCCAUGUUUUUUCCUUCUAAUUCAGCAAGUCUUGCUGCUGGGAAAGCCUAAGUAAACAAAACUUUAAUAAUAAUAAAAAUAUAUAUUUUAAGGACAACAACAGCUAAAUAUUAAUCUGCACCGAUUUCUCCCCUGUAAAAUGUUCAUUUGGGUGAGUAAAGCACUUCCAUUUAUUUCCAGUAAGCUUACAUUUCCAUUUUUCCACUAAGGCUGGGUGCAGUGGAAUUAGCAUUAGUCGCUAACUGCAGCUUUAGCGGGUUGUAAAUGCUGCCUGACAGAGCUACACUGAGGAACCCUGAGUGUUCUGGUAAGCCAGGGCAAUAUCAGCUAGCGGUUCGUCUCAUGUAGUUUGUUUUAACACAGUAAACACGCAGGUUACAGUCUGAUAUACUCGCCUCUGAACAGCAAAAGAGCUAAUGCUUAGCGCAGUAAGUGGCUAAUGCUAAUAGUGCUUCAGCAGUGCUAGCCAGGGGUUAGCAGCAGGUUACAGGCUGAUAACACUCACCUCAGAACGGUGAAAGAACUAGCGCUUAGCGUGGUUAGCAGGUAAAGCUAAUACUGCUCCUGUUUCUGUGCUGGAGAACUAAAUUGAAACUCCUGUAUUACUCUGUUUUUCAGCAGAGUGGAUUUUUGGGAAAAUUAAGUGAUUUUAGGUGCACCUUAUAGUGCAAAAAAUACAGUAUCUCAAAAUUUCGUAAGUCAAGUAUAUUUACAGUGCAUUUUUUUCUCUGGAAUGAUGUGUUUCACACCAGCCUCACUCUAAAUGGUGGUUUACAUCUUAUCCAUUUCAUUAUUGCGAAAUAAUAAUAAUAAAAAAACAGAAUUCACCUGCUGGUACCCCCAUCCCCACGCUAAUGUACUGUGACCAGUGAGAAGAUAAGCGAGCUAAAACACCCAAAUCACACCAGCUCACUUUGUUUAUAUUGGCAUGGUGUCAUUUUUAUCCCCCAAAAACAAAAAAAUGCAGCUAAUCAACACAUAGGCAUGCCAAGUUUUU